ACAUGUCACUUCUUGUCACUUCUGCACAACUUCUGCUCUGCCUUUGUUUUCGUCUAGAGUAGAUUUCUUUGGUUGUUUCCUCUCGGACUACAAAUUUUCAUCCCUUCCGAUCAUUAGAAUGUAAGAUAAUCCAGCUAGAAUUUUCGCAAAAUAAGAAAGCUGAUGAAGUAAUGUAAUUAACGACGUGUAUUGUGUUUGCUGUUAAUUAAGUGCGCCCGGCCUUCAGAGGUGUUAUAAAAAACUUUUGAUCAGCUUGAAGGCGAGGAACACGCGGUCAGAAUAACCUCACAUGCGUAAACCCAAGUGAACCUGAAAAUGUCACAAAGCAAUGUUGAUAAAGAUCAGGAGGAGCUUGAAAAACUUUUGAAAAUUGCCAGAGAGAAGAGGGCAAAAGUGAUCAAGUACCAUGUCUGGCCGUUGAAAGAGCUGUGCCUAAUGAAAGUAGCAGAUAGCGACGAGUGUGCCAAAACCUCUAUUUUGCCAUAUCAAUACCUUUCACCUCUGUUGCAAAAGGAAAUCUUGAAACACAUGGCGACCAAGCAAGGCUCCAAAUAUUACGAAAGGCAGACCCCUGCCAUGUCCGAAUGGAUGUUUGAAUUGGCGAACCGUCUCUUGAAUUGCAAUUCAAAGGAAUUUGACUUCAGGAUCUUUGGUGGAUAUGACUGGUUAGACCAUGAACAAGACCAGAGGAUGUGGCAGAUACUCAUCGACAGGUGUCCGAACUUGGAGAGCAUCUUGGAUGAGCGGGAUGCACGUCAUCACAAUGACUCCGUUUAUUUGAGCAACGUGAUGCCCUACCUACAGAAGUUUCGGGAGCUCAAGCACAUCCUACUGAAAAAAUAUGUCUCCAACUCGGAUGAUUUGACUCAACUUGCUCAGCAUUUUCCAAAUCUUGAGAGCCUGUCCACCACUUUCCAGUUUAUCGACCUUCAAACAAUGCAAAAUUUGUACCUUCUUCAAAACUUGAUCAAACUUGAUGUCAAUUUGGAUGUAUUCAACUUCAAAAAUAGGUUGGUGAUUGACAAGCAGAAGGAAUUCGUCAAUCACUUCAAAGCAGAAUGCACGCAGUACCUGCCACGCUUGCAGUACUGCUCAGGAGGUUGGGGGCAACACAACUCUCUAUCGUACCGAGGCAACAGAAGACAGCUCGCCCUAAGAGACAUGGAAACUUAUGGUGGAUUUGACUUAGUGCUUGCCCCCUGUUUGGAAACACUUUCUGUGCUAGGACCUUUUGAUGUGAAAAAUCAUGUGUUGGGAGUUCUUUCAAAUCUUACAGUUUUGUCAUUGCUUGAAGUGGACGCUUCUGAUGUUCCUGAUUUGCUAACCCACUAUGGAAACAAACUCCAUGAACUUUAUAUAUAUUUGCCUUUGGAUCUUUGAACCAUUAUGAGGUCAUUAAAAAGUGCCCGCGACUGCGUAAAUGCCAACUUUCCGAGGAAUUGUUGGACAGUGAGAGCACCACUUUCUUUGUUGAGUCUCAAGUGGAUGCUAACGAUGUGAAAUUUAUGAAAGACUUCAGUAUCUGUUUUUUCUCACGCGAUGAAGUCAAUUAUCCAUCUGAUUUGUCUGCCCUUGUACUGGCUGCACCAGACUUGGAGACAAUAGACAUCUCCUCCUUUAAAAUUUCCCCUACAGACCUAACUUGUUUAAGUGAACAGCUAGUUGCAGGAUGCAUUUUGCAACAUUUGAAGUCGUUUACAUUUGGUUGCUCAACAAACGAGCCCAGCACUUGUUCUGAGUUGCUCAAGUUCAUCUGCCUGCUUCCUGUGCACGCUCCUAAACUCAAAUUUAUUGAAAUAAGCGAUAUAAUGGGUUCAGUGUCGGAUGAAUUUCAAAAUCAAGCUGAAAAAUCUCUUCUAUUUCGCUUAAUUGAUCAAAUUGAUGGCUUGCGAUCAUAUACAUUUGAAUGAUGAUUGAGCGUAAUCCAUUAUUGUUUUAAUAUAAAUUGUGCCUUAAGUUGAUUAGAGAACAAUCCAUCAUUUAAAACAGUUUUUUUUUAGUCCAUUCUUAAUUUACGUGUAUUAUUUAAUAAUAUAAUUUAAAGUUGAUAUUUAUUAAUGUAUCAUGCGUCAUUCUCUUAGUAAAUAAUGCGUAUUUCCCGCCCAAAUUACAAAUGAUGAAUAAAAUGAAACACGAUAUUUUCGGUUAUGUUACAUUUAGGUACAGCAGUUUUAUUUUGCGCACUAAUUAUUUUGGGUUAACAUCUGAUAAUACACUAAUUGCAUGAUUAUACUUCUUGUGUUAAGUUACGAUAAAUAACACACUCAGAAACAAUAAAGCAAAACAAAUCAA